CAGCUAACAACCUUGACAACUUUGCUUAGUUUGAAUACACUUCGAAAUGAUUAUUGUUUUCUGAAUUUUUAAGUGUCGUUAUGCAUACUGUAGAGUCAAUAAUCGUUUCUCCGAGAUACACAAAAGACAUUUCAAACGAAAGUGAACUGUAUUUCAAUUCUAAUUGUCAGAGGAAUAAGUAUCCAGCUAUCUCUAAAUGUCGUGAUCAAUAUUACGCAGAUAGAGUUAGUUAUAUUUCCUAUUCCCCUCAUCAGCGUAACAACAGGAACUUGAGUCGCACGAAUGUAACUUCAGUCAGUCGACGCAACACACAAGUAUAUGACGACUCAUCUUUAUUAUGUAAUCCACGUAGUUUCGUUAACUCUGACUUAUCUUUUUCUUGUAAUCAUCCACAAAGAGGAAAUUCAUUCAACUGUUCUCAAAAUUAUGGAGGUUACCCACUGUCUGGAAGGCCAAGAAUAUCUAACCAAACUUCAAAAAGUUAUUUAAGUCCCUCCAUUUUAAAUUUGAGCAGUGGAACCUGUAACAGGUCACUUCGCGAUUUGCGCAAAUCUCCGGAAAGACGUGUUAGUACCAGUAGAUAUCCUUAUUUCACGAAUAAAUCACCGAAAGCGAGAAAUGACUUCAAGCCGUUUACGUACUUGAAAAACAUCGAAAGAGAUCAUGAUAUUCAAAGACAGUACUUAUUUGGAAGUGUAAAACCUCGUGACUGUGGAAUCGAAUACGAUCUUUUAUCAUCACAGCCCUUGGAAAUGAAUCAAUACACCCUUCCUUCAGAAUCGACUAAGGGAGGAAGUUUAAUGCUAGAGAAUAAAAAGGAAUUCAGUCUGAAUACAUUCAAUCCAACUGAUCAUGAUUCUUCCUCUGUUAUUCAUGUCAGACCUCAUCGUAUGCGAAAAACUAUUGACAUAAAACAGAAUGACAAAACUCUUGACGAUCCUUCACAUAAGCGUCUGUCGAAAUGUCUCCAGUCAAAACCUAGGACAUCUUAUGAUGGUUCUUGUUGUAUGUCAGGUACUCUUGCCGUCACUUUGUAUGGAUCGAAACUCACCGAAUACGAACGUAAUGAAAUUCAAGAUUAUGCUGAGGUAUAUUUCCUAGGGCUUAAUGCCCCCAAAAGACAUCCACUUGGAAACUCCAUCAGUGAUGCGUCAUACAAGAGAAGUAGCAUUAUUUCGAUUAGUAAUAUGACUGGGUUCGACGAUGCACAAAGCAGUUAUAUUCUCGUCCCUAAUGAUCAUUUAGCUUAUCGAUAUGAAGUUCUCAAACCCCUGGGCAAAGGAAGCUUUGGUCAUGUUGUCCACGCAGUUGAUCAUUGUACAAAGAAGCAAGUUGCAAUAAAAAUUGUCAAGAGUGAAGCUAGAUUUACUAGACAAGCUGUUGAGGAGAUUCGCAUUCUCAAAGCCCUCAACGGGCAACAAAAUGAUGGAGAAUUUAAUGUUGUACACUUAGUGGAUCACUUCAUAUUUCGAGGUCAUGUGUGCAUGGUGUUUGAAUUACUUUACAUAAAUUUAUAUGAACUCAUCUGCCGUAACAAUUUUAAAGGAUUUUCUCAGUCUUUAGUGAGAAAGCUUACUUAUGGUAUACUAUGUUGUCUUGAACUUCUAUAUAGGAAUAAAGUGAUUCAUUGUGAUUUGAAACCGGAAAACAUUUUAUUACGACGUCCAGGAAAAAGCAAAAUCAAAGUAAUCGAUUUUGGAUCAAGUUGUUAUAUUAAUGAAUGUCCAUAUAACUACAUACAGUCACGCUUUUAUCGUGCACCUGAAAUCAUUCUUGGCUUACCAUAUGGUACUCCGAUUGAUAUGUGGAGCUUAGGAUGCAUUCUAGCUGAAUUUAUAACUGGAGAACCAUUGUUUCCAGGUGAAGAUGCGUUCGACCAAUUAGCUUGUAUUAUGGAAAUCUUGGGGAUACCGCCGAUGCAAAUGAUUAAGAAAGGCAGUCAAAGUCAUCAUUAUUUCAAUAGUAAUGGUCAACCUUUAUAUAUGAUUGAACAACAAAAACACACCUAUGGAAAUGAACAGUCAGAUAAUACAAAAGAAGCUUUAACCAAUCUUAACAAAUCUUUAAAUUCUUCAUCAACUAAACAUAAACGUUCUGGUAGUAGUAAAAGUCAAAAGUUAAGAAAAUCACCUGGCUCUAUGACUUUAGUUGAUGCCUUGACUAGUUCGAAAAACUCUUCCGUUUGCCUACCAUCAAGCGAUAAAUCAAAUAUUGGACAUAAAAUUCCACAACCAUUUGACCCAGAUAUGGUAGAUUUUCUAGAACGUUGUUUAAAAUGGAGUCCAGAUGAAAGAAUGAAUCCAAUUGAAGCAUUGGAUCAUCCAUGGAUUAAAAAAAUGUCAUCACAGAGUUUUGGAAGAACAGAUAGUUUUCUAACAACUUGUAAUUCAAAUGGUAAUACAGAUUCCAAUUAUUUAUACAGUAAUGAUAAUAUAUUUACUAAUGGAACAACUAAACACGUAUCUGAUACAGAAUUCGUUGCCAGUAUUUUAGGCGUACGUACACGAAAACGUGAUCCCAAUUUACUGCACGUUUCCAGAAAGUCAGAAGCUCACAGUAUAAUACCUGACGAUACCAUGAGUCUGAAUGAAUCCUAUCGUCGGUAUUCCUACGACCAGAAUAACAGCAGACUAUCUAAUUUGUUUGAAAGAUCAGUAACAUGCACUUCUAAUCCCAAAUCUCGCAAAGAAAUGUCUUCAGAUGUAUCAAGUCACCAUACCUCAGAAAGUUACCACAACACAAAACAAUAUCGAAGUUUUUUAAAUAACGGUCAGAGUGAUGUUAGUAACAACAUUAAUGUGGACAAUCGCAAUCAUAGUGUUUCUCCUCAAGAUGACAAUCAAAAUCGCCGAAGUCGUAAUCGCCAUCGUAGUCGUCGUCAAGGUAUUAACACUCAUUCUGAUCAUAUACAAGAAGAAGAAGACAAUCGCAGUCAUUCAGACUCAGAUCAGGUAUUAGAAGAAGAACAUGAUUAUACCACCAGUGGAGAAACGCCCUUGCUAAACAUCUCAAGUAUUUACCAAACAACCAAAGAAGAGAACGAUCGUAUUGAAGUAAGCGUUUGUGACAUUGAACAAAGCAGCAGGAAUUCAGGCUACUAUGACAAUGCUAGUAAUCUUAAUGGUAAUUCGAAGACAACAGUGUGUAAUGAAGAAAAGUUUAUACUUGUCCCAAAUUUGAUCACGGGUGAACAUGACAUAUAGUCUACAUAUUUUCUAGUAUUUGUUUUAUCUUUUGUGUAUUUACAAAAUCGAAAACGAGAUCGAUAAAAAAGAGAUUCGGAGAGCUAACUCUUGUUCUCAUUACAUGAAACAUACUACAACUGUUUUUACAACCUACUCAUGACUAACUACAACAUACAAUUGAUUUCAACUUAUUUUUUAAUUUAACUGGAAGAAUAUCAUCAAUUUUCGUAACUGUUUUAUCCAUAAACCUCCCUCAGACUUGUAUUAUCCCCACUACCUACUUCCUAUAAUAAAAUAUACAUACCAACAACAUGCUACCUGCAAUGUGGAAUGAACAAUCUACUUUGUUAAUUUACGAUUAAACAUUCUUUCUUUAAUCUUCCUUACAGACUGAUUCAACUUAUCCAUAUCAAGUCUUUCUUGGUUAUGUACAAUUAAGUACUAGGCUAAAAAUAACUUAGAAAAUAAAAGCUACCUUUUAAUGUUCUACUUUUUUAGAAAAUAUAAAAAUUCAUAGACAUUUACCCACAAGUUAAAGCUGAACAAGUAAUGAGUACAUCACUGCAUUCCGAUUACCCGCACAAUUUAUGGCUAUUAUUAAUGAAGAUAUAUUGUGUGACUGGGUAAAGUUUUCAAACGGCAGCACAACUGAUCAGUGAAUAAAUUUAUUUUAUUACUAGUAACAUGAUACACUUAAAUGGUGAAACUAAUCAAAAAAAUAACCAUUAAUAAAAGCCGUUUCAAACAUUUUUAAAAAAAAAUCAUUCAAAUGAUAGCGCAGUUUAAAACUUCAACUACGUAACAUAAAAUAAUAUGACUUAAGUUUAGCAGUUGGUUAGUAAACUUAUAAGAAAUCGCUAAACUAUCCUUUUCGGUCUACAUUGUUUGCGUGACUAAAUUUAUGACUUUUUGUAGAAAUAUCCUUU